AGCCCUACACUUUGCUGCAUGGGAGGGCCACCAGCAGUGUGUGGCGGCCCUCUUGCCCGUCACCCCUCCCACUCCCGCACACCUUGAGGCACACACCCCGGUGCACCUCGCCAGUUAUGGUGGCCACGUGGAGGUACUGGAGCAGCUGGCAGGUGCUGGCUGGCCCCUCACCGCCAAGAACAGUGAUGGCGACACACCCAUGCACUCUGCUGCAGGGGCGGGAUGUGCAGCAGCUGUGCAGUGGCUGGUGCAGAGAGGUUGUGACCCACUCGUGCAAUCGAAUGCUGGACACACCCCGCUGGAGUUAGCCGUGCAGCGUGGCCGCCACGAGGUGGAGUCCUGGCUGGUUAAAAAUUGCAGCGGUGUUGUGAGGAGGAAGACUCUGCAUGUGCAGCAAGUGAGGGCGUGGCGGGGCAGGCAUGAACACCACCACUACACAGUCUUGUCCCUGCUGGUGGAGGGCAACGAGGCAGACAUGGCCAACAUCCCCGAACUUUGUGAUGGUCACACGCUGAGCCAGGAUGGCCUGACGCCUCUCCACGCCGCGGCGCUGUGCGGGGCUCCCAGUGCUGCUGUGGAGGCUUUGCUGCGACGCGGCGUGAGCCCUCAUGUGACCACCCCUGACAACAUGACCCCCGCUGACCUGGCACGGCAGCAAGGCCAAGACUCGGUGAAUAAGGGACUACAGCGCCACCACUGUGUACAGGUGUGUGUGUGUGUGUGUGUGUGUGAAUUGAAUUUAUAACUGAAUUGAAUUGAAUUUAUUGAGUAAGGUCAGACUUUCUAUAAAGUAUGGAGCACAGCUCUCCAGCAAAAGAAUACAGACACUGUAGAUUAUAUACAGAACGUGCAUAAUAUUACAUAAGAAAAGACAAAUACAUACAAAUGAAAUACGCUGUAAGCAAUGGCAAAAAAUUAAUAUAAAAAAAUGUGUAUGCAUAUAUAAUGAUACAUACUGUCACUAAUUAAGAAAUAAAAAAAAAACUAUUGAGGUGUUUUGCACACUAUUUAUCUAAACAAGCGUAGCACCAUCCUCAAAAACAAAGAUAAUUUCUUUAUCACAUUUGAACUUAUACUUUGCAUGAACAAAACAUAUUUGAAUUGUG